CAGACGGCAUUUGAUUGGAGGACAGUCAUACUGAUCUUGUGACACGGAAAUAAGCUGUGAGAAUAGGGCAAGUACGGUAGGACUUGUUACGUACGCGCAUUUGAAAGAAUUAGACUUGUAUGAACCAUGGAUUCCCGUGUGAUCUGCGUUAUUUUGCUUUCUUUCCUCGCAUACACUAAUGCUGAGCAGGUGAAAUUUCUGGACUGUGGCUCACAAGAUGGUGUAGUUAUCGAGGUCGACAUUCAGCCCUGCCCAAAACAGCCAUGCCAGCUUCACAAGGGACAGUCAUACAUGGUCAAUGUAACCUUCACCAGUAAUGUUUCAAGUCUGACCAGCAAAGCUGUGGUUCAUGGCAUAGUUGCUGGUCUCCCUGUCCCCUUUCCCAUCCCAGUUGAGGAUGGUUGCAAGUGUGGAAUUCAGUGCCCGAUUCAGCCAAAAUCUAUGUACAGUUACGUCAACCAGUUGCCCGUCAAGAGCGAGUACCCAGCAAUAAAGCUGGUUGUGGAAUGGGAAUUGAAAGAUGACACCAGCAGAGAUCUAUUUUGCGUCAAGUUUCCUGUUCAGAUUGUGAGCUGAAAGUCAACACCGAAGCCAAGAAAGGGACAUUUCAAAAGGGAAAUCAAGGACAAAGAUGUCUGUAUGUGUGCCUAAAUACUUCUCUACAGCCAUUUUAGAUGCUAAUUUUAUGAUUUAUUAUUUGAAAAUGGUCUAACCAUGACAGAUUUGUCAUUUUAUUUUUAUCUAUGGUUGCUCUACAGCCAGUCAACAAAUCUUGUGUAAUUCCAUUUUGUGUUGCGCUAAAAUAAGUAUCAAUGAUUCACCAGAAUGAGAUACUAUUGACAUUAGUUCAUGUGGGGGAUCGGUGUUUGUGAUUUAAUCAGGCAAGUCUACGUUCGCUGCUGUGUGGCUGAACAGAGCUGUUGUCACUUCUUACAACUGCAUUUUUGACCUUUUUUACUACACUUUUUAAUAAUACAUUUAAAUAAAAUUGGAUUUUAAUAUUGGUUUAUUUUCUUAAAGAAAUGGCACAUCCUUUAACAAUGUACAUGUCUUACUA